GCCCCAUUGGCCUGAGGGGAGCUCUGGCCGCCGCUGAUUGGCGGGGGGCGCGUCAGUGGGCGCGGUCGGCCGCCGGCGCGCGGGCCCGGUGGGGGUCCGCCCGCAAGGCCGUCAGUGCGUCCCCCGAGCCCACCGGCGAGGCCGCCAGCGCCCCCCGGCAUGGCGGCGCAGCCCCCGCCCGGGCCGCGGAAGCGGAGCGGGGCGGGCUGGGCCGGGGCCGCCCCUCCGGGGGCCCUGGAGAACGGAUUCCCGCCCCACAAGCGCCCCAAGAGCGCGGGGGCGGCUGGGCCCGACGAGGGGCCGGGAGACCCCUUCGGGGACAGCGACGACUUCACGGCGGACGACCUGGAGGAGAUUGACACCCUGGCCUCGCAGGCGCUGUCGCAGGAGGCCGCCGCGCCGCGGGCCGGGCUCCCGAGGCACGCGUGGGGCGCCCUGGGGCCGGGCAGCGCCCUGGGGUCUGCGGCCGCCGGGCCGCGCCGGGGCAGCGUCCCCGCGGCAGUAAGCACUACAGAAGAUAGUCUGAUGAGAGAUGCUUUCCAGUUUGAAGUACUGCAAACACAGCAUGAAGAAAUUAAACAGAAGCUGAAAGAAAUGCAGGAUGAAAUACUUAGUAAAAAUGGAGAAAUUAAAAUUUUGCGUGACUCAAUGCAGCAGAUGGAGUAUGCUAUGGAGGAACAGAAAAGAUCAUACGUGCUAUUGGAACAGCAAAACUCUCAGAUCUUAAGUGAAAAAGAAAAAGAGUUCUUCAAAAAGAUACUGUCGUUACAGUCAGAGCUGCAGUUCAAAGAUGCAGAAAUGAAUGAAUUAAGAGUGCGACUUCAGAACUGUGAAAGAAAUAAACAUGUUACUCAGACGGUUUUAAUGCCAAGCCCUAAAAAGAAUUUUGCAGUACAAAUGAACUCAGAAGGAUGUUCUCCACAGCCUAGAAAAAAAUCUUUUCCUACAAAGGAAUCCUUCAGUGCUGAAAUGUCCACUAAACCAUCGUGUUCUUCAGGAAAUUUGGUUGCCCCGACUACUUCCAUCAAAGAAGACAGUAAGAUAACCCAUCCUGAAGUUUUAUCCGUGAAGCAUGAAGCAAUGGGAAAAAACGGUUCCUACAACUCUGUACCUAAACGAAAUGCACAAGGUUCUAUCUUACUAAAUGCACUGAUGAAGCAGCCCAUUGUUCCUGGGUCAUUACUAGGACUCUGCCAUCUUCUUAGCAGUAACUCUGAGCCUCUGCCUGGAGCUGUACUGCAGCCUAACUAUUUGGAUACGAAGUCCACACAACUACCCAACAGCAGGACAACUCAAGAAGGAAUUGCUCCUCUUGUAUCCCUGCAAGAAGCUCAGAAACUUGCACUAACAGGAUUGAACUUGAUUGCCAUGGACACAGGAUUAUAUGAAGGAAGCGGAACGGAAAGCCAGAGAGAGUUCUUGCACCUGACGCGCUGCAAGAUCCGAGGCGCGGUGCAUCUCUUGCCCUUGGUAGAACACCAUAUUGGUGCGUACUGUCAAGCAGUACAAUUGGCAGACAAGUCAGUAAAUGGUUCCUGUGGAAACCAUUCUGCUGUUUCUUCCGGAACCAACACAAAUACGGUGUCAAGUAAGGAGGACUUCAGGUUGUCUCUUGAAGAAACCACAGUUGUGUCACUGGGUGUUCUUUAUUAUUUGGCAUUCUAUAGCUGGGAUGUUGUGCACAUGUUGCUGUCAACUGAGGUGGAAAAAAGUUCUGCUGCUGGAGAUGAACAGGUUUCCAAGAUGGACAAAAGCGUGUUGUGUGAUGAUCAGUGUGAUAAUAAAGAAGAUACCAGGAUGCAAGGAGGGCUGCCUGUAGCUCCACAGGAUGCUCCCAAUAAUGAUCGAGCUCAACAUUCCUUGUUUAAAAAGCUGCUUCAGGUUUUAGCUUUUUCUGCUGCAAGAGGCUCCCAAACUGAUAGUGUAUUGAACCAAAGCCUAAAAGUUUUGGUGAAAUUAGCUGAAAAUUCAACAAUGGACUUGCUAAUAAAUUUUCAGCACUUACUGACUAGCCAGAUACUGCUCCAUUGUCUGUGUCCAGAGACCCCUUUGCCUGCUGUCCUUUUGACCGUGAGACUGUUGUCUGUUCUUGCUCAACACCACAUGUUGGUUGCACAACUUUGUUCUCAUUCAGACACCUGCCUUCUUCUUGCACUGUACAUGUAUAUUACAUCAAGACCAGAUAAAUCAGCAUCUGAAAUGCUUUGGCUUCAGCUGGAACAAGAGACAGUUAGACUCCUGACAAGGUGUAUGCGGUGCUCCAAUCCAGUGGUUUUAUUACCUGGUACAGACUGCCAGUGUAAUCUCGAGGUGGUUAAGGCACUAAUUAUAAUGCUACAUAGACAGUGGAUGAAGAUUAGAAGAUCUGAAAACAGCUUGUGUGCAUAUAAGGAACAAAUUAUUCAGUUUUUACGGGAUGCUGUUUUACUCUUACACAGCCUGUCUCAGAAAGAUAAACUGUUUCAUGAACACUGUUUGGAAGUUCUCCAUCAGUAUGACCAAGCCAUGCCAGGCAUAAGAACCACUCUCAAAAAGACUCAAAAAUUGAGUGCCUGUGAAGAACUGGUUUUGGAUGAAUUGUAUCCUUCUGAGCCAGAAGCAGAAGACCAAGGAAUGGACUCCAGCUAGCUAACAGACAGAUGUCUGUCCAUCCUCAUCUAAAUCUUAAUAAUCACUGCCAGUGUAAAUCUGAAAUUUAAAUCACCUAUUUUAUUAAGUGAUAAUCUGAAAGUCGUACCCAAAUGCAGUCCAACUAAGACACAUUUCUUUGUUGUGUUUAAGUGUCAUCUAAACAUAGCUGAAAGCAAAGAAAUUUUGAUGUAAGAAUUAUACUGCAGUGUACUCUUUUGCUGUGCAAAACCA